AGUUUACGGAUAGCGCAACAAAGCAAAAGAACGCAGAAGUCAUGAAAACUUUUACCGUCUGUGGUGUCUUAUCUGCCGUUGUCGCGCUUUCGUGCGCGGGCCAUUUCAACGGAGGAUACGGAGGGGAAGGUUAUGGCGGUCUAUACCCAGGUAGUUAUGCACAUGAAGACUAUUAUGGACCUCCUCAGCCCUAUGGUUUUGGUUACGUCUCCCAAGAUCCCGAAGGAACUCAUGGACAUAUGCAGACUUCAGAUGGACGAACAGUUCGUGGCCACUAUGAGAUUCGGCUGGCAGAUGGCAAUAUGCGCAGGGUUGAAUAUCACGCUGACGAGAAUGGUUUCCACGCAAAGGUCAUCACAAAUGAGCUUGGCACCGAAUCCAAAGAUCCUGCUGAUGUGAUCUUCCAAUCGUCAGCCCUCACAGGCGAACAGGCAGCGUUGCAAUAUAAUGGUGGCUCCAGAUCAUUUUAUGGAGGCGGUUACCAUGGAGGCUAUCACAGCGAACGCACCCGAUACAACAACUGGCAGACGUUACUUAAGUAAAAGCUAACCCUCCUUCUAUA